AUGGCUCACCUGGUGGGCAUGAUGGCGCUUCUCCUCCUCCUCGCAGCGUCGGCAGAGACAGCCCAGGCGCGCGCCGCCAGGGGGCCGCCGGCGGGGAAGUACGCCGUGAUCUUGGACGCCGGCAGCACCGGGACACGUAUGCACGUCUUCCGGUUUGACAAGCAGAUGGAUCUCGUCAAGAUCGGCGAUGACAUCGAGGUCUUCGCCAAGGUGAAUCCUGGUCUGAGUUCGUACGCUGGACGGCCCAAGGAGGCUACCAAGUCCAUACAACCACUGCUUCAAAAGGCCAACAGCGUCGUGCCUCAGAGGCUUAUGAAAACGACUCCCGUCAAACUUGGGGCGACGGCCGGACUCAGGCUCAUCGGAGAUAAGCAAGCAAAGCAGAUACUUGACGCGGUCAGGGGCGCUGUCCACACUAACACCAAGUUUCAGUACAACCCCAAGUGGAUCAAUGUUCUCGAGGGAUCUCAGGAAGGAUCCUACCUAUGGGUUGCUCUGAAUUACCUGCUGGAUAAGUUGGGAGGAGACUACUCGAAAACGGUAGGUGUGAUUGAUCUUGGUGGUGGGUCUGUGCAAAUGGCAUAUGCCAUUUCUCCAGCCGCUGCUGCUGCCGCACCACGAGUGCCUCACGGCAAGGAUCCUUAUGUUACAAAAGAGUAUCUCAAGGGAAGAGAUUACAACGUUUAUGUUCACAGCUACUUACGCUACGGCGCCUUAGCUUCUCGUGUAGAGAUCUUCAAGGCUAAGGAAGGACCAUUUAGCUACUGCAUGCUUCGUGGCUUCAGUGGAAAAUACAGCUACAAUGGUGAGGAGUACAAUGCUACCGCGUCAACGGGAGGUGCACAAUACGGGAAGUGCAGACGUGAUGUAGUGAGGGCACUCAAACUUGACUCGCCCUGCCCAGCCAAGAAGUGCACCUUCGACGGCGUGUGGAACGGCGGGGGCGGCCCCGGCCAGGCCAACCUCUACGCCGCGUCUAGCUUCUACUACAUGGCCUCGCAGGUUGGCCUCAUCGACAGCGAUGCUCCAAGCGGGACAUCCACCCCAGCGGCUUUCAGAGCCGUUGCCCAGAAGUUAUGUAGAAUGAGCUUGAAAGAAGUGAAGGUUAAGUACCCCAAGGUCCGUGACGUACCCUACGUUUGCAUGGACCUCGUCUAUCAAUACUCCUUGCUCGUCGAUGGGUUCGGUUUGGAGCCCACCAAGAAUAUUACACUCGUGGAGAAGGUGAAGCAUGGGGAGUACUUCAUUGAAGCGGCGUGGCCUCUCGGAGAAGCUAUUGAGGCCGUGGCACCCAAAAAAGGCACUUGA